UCCACUCUCAGGUCACCCUCCCACGGCAGACCACUCGUGCAGCACCCAGGUGCGUGGCAUCCAUUUCUCUGCGCUUCACAACAGAGUGAAAAGGUGUCAACAUUUCUCACCUCGGGAACCGUAGGAUUUAUUAAGGAGAAGGUGCAGACAUGGGAGCCGGAGCAAGUGCCGAGGGCAAGCGGUCCAAAGAGCUGGAGAAGCAGCUGCAGGAGGAUGCUGACAAGGAGUCCAAGACCGUGAAGCUGCUUCUGCUGGGUGCUGGUGAGUCUGGGAAGAGCACCAUUGUAAAGCAGAUGAAAAUUCUUCACCAGGGUGGUUACACAAAAGAGGAACAAUUGGAGUUCAGGGCCAUCAUCUUUGGCAACAUCCUGCAGUCUGCCAUGGCCAUCAUCAGAGGCAUGGAGAUGCUGGACAUCAACUUUGGCUCAUCACAAGGACAGGAGGAUGCCCAGAAGCUGCAGAACCUGUCUGACUCUGCUGAGGAGGGCACCAUGCCUCCCGAGGUGUCAGACGUGAUCAAGAGGCUGUGGAAGGACACAGGUUUGCAGUCUGCCUACGAGAGAGCAGCCGAGUUCCAGCUCAACGACUCCGCUGGAUACUACCUCGCAGACUUGGACAGAAUCUCUGGCCCCGACUACUUACCCACUGAGCAGGAUGUGCUGCGAUCUCGAGUCAAGACCACUGGUAUCAUUGAGGAAAACUUCUGUUGCAAGGAGCUGAUCUUCAGGAUGUUUGAUGUGGGUGGCCAGAGAUCAGAGAGAAAGAAGUGGAUCCAUUGUUUCGAGGGUGUGACCUGCAUCAUCUUCUGUGGUGCGCUCAGCGCCUACGACAUGGUGCUCGUGGAGGACGAUGAAGUGAACCGCAUGCACGAGUCUCUCCAUCUCUUCAACAGCAUCUGUAACCACAGGUUCUUCGCCCUCACCUCCAUCGUGCUCUUCCUCAACAAGAAAGAUCUCUUCGAGGACAAGAUCAAGAAAGUCCAUCUCAGCAUUUGCUUUCCUGAUUAUGAUGGCCCCAACACAUAUGAAGACGCCAGCAAUUACAUCAAGCUGCAGUUCCAGGAGCUGAACAUGAAGAAAGGAGUGAAAGAAAUCUAUGCCCACCUGACCUGUGCCACAGACACAAAGAACGUGGAAAUUGUGUUCAACGCCGUGACGGACAUUAUCAUCAAAGAAAACCUUAAGGACUGCGGUCUGUUCUAGGCGGUUAUCACCAAAAAAAAAAAAAGGGACUUUGUUUCUGGUACUGCGCCUCGAGCACAGCUCUGAGAAGACCCAGAGGUUGCACUACUGGCUGUGGCUGAAACUCACCCAGAAGCCCCCGGGCCCUCCGUCCACACCUGUCUGCAUCCAUGCUGGAUAGUGCAUAACAGACUUGACCCAAAUCACCACGAGACCCAACUCUUCCAGAAACAACACACACCAUUACCGAGGGAUGAAGCAUGUCACUUUGAGAGAAACAUUUUAUAAAAAAUGUGGGUACCUCAAAGUAAGACUGCUUGUAGACACUGGUGUAGUUGCUCCCCUCAUCUUUAAAUAAUAGUAUACUUUUGGUGGCUUUAUGAUGGAGAAAUGGUUUUCAUGGUAAUCGCACAUCAAGCCGGAAAAAAUAAAUACAUUUUUAUAGUAAUUCUUCUACUUUGUUUUAUGUACAGUACCAUCCAGUGUCUAGUUUGCAAUUUCUUGUAACAUUUUCAUGUUAAGUCAGAAAUUUACCAGUAUCAUAACUUAAAUUACAAACCAAAACAUAUCGGUUUUUGAUGUAAUCAGUAUGUUAUGUAAUUCAAUGUGAAAAGAGCUUUUCUCAGAAUCAAACCGAGUAGAGAAUGUAUUUUGUAAAUAAGAGUAGGUAAAAUAUUUAUGUCACAAAGGAUAUAUAUAUAUAUAUAUGUAUAUAUAUAUAUAUAUACACACACAUAUCAAAAUUAUUUAAACAAUGGAAAUGCUAGAGUCCUGUUGUUUAAUUUUGAAUCUGAUGUUUAAUGGCCUGUAAAAACUGCCCUGGCUUGUAAAUGUAGACACAAAAAAAAUAAAGAUCUGAAUGAGCUCCAAUAUUUGCCCA